UAACUAACCAAUGAUUCAUCAUUUGAAGUAUUUUGAACAUGACCCAAACCCGAAUAGACUCGAACAACUACAAUCCAAACCGCUAGUUUGCCCAAUUUGACUAGUGAAGUUGUUCAUGAAAGUUUAGUAAAAUCAAGAGUCGCAGAAACUGUGGAAACUGAAAUCAAUCCCUAAAAACACACCAAAACCCCAAAUGCAGUCUCAAGAAGACAUUCAAAAUCUUCCGAUCGAUAUCUCUUUCUCCCGACUUGGAGAAUGGCUGGUGGAUCGGAAGAGAAUCCCCGCGGACUGGAGAAAACGAUUGAGUGGAAUUAGAGCUAAGAUUAUAUCUGCCUUUGCAUCGCUUCCCAAAGAUGUUGAUCCCUAUUUCCAUACUCUUGAUUCUGAAGGGAUUGAUUACUUGGAAGCCAAAAAAAUAUAUGAAAUUCUUUUGCGUUCCACUCCGGAGAGCAGGAACAUAUUUGGUCGGCUUUCAGGCACUGCUGGUGUAUGGGAAGCAAUUGUCCAGGCAUUUGAGAAGGAUCAUAUAUUCCUUGGUGAGGCUGCUCAAACCAUGGCCCAAAAUGUUAAUUAUGAGAUCCCUUACCUAAAAAAGCAGGUCCAGAAGACUCAGCAACAGCUUGCAGAGCUUGAUCGCAAGGAAGCUGAUAUCAAAAAAAGUGCAGCUUUAUCAGCAGCAAAGUAUGCAGAAGCUUGUCAAGAACUAGGAUUGGAGGGGAAUAACGUGAGAUUAGAACUCUUAGAAAGUGCUACAAAAUCUCUCCCAAACACCUUCAGUGAUAUUAUGGAAAUCAUAAGUGGUGAUUCUGUUGCACAAGCUAUUGAGUACUACUCCAGUUUUGUUAUGGAACUUCAUUCCGAUAAUAAUUGUACAUCGGGUACUGUGGUCCCAAACCUUAAGAAUAUCAUUGAAAACCCUCCAACACUUAAUGUCACUAUGGGAUCUGAUUUUGUUGAGUCCGCAACUGCUGUGUCCAACCUUAAUGAAAAUUUUGAUACUUGCGGAACCAUGAGCACUGGGGCAGAUGGCAUUGAUUGGGAUAUUUCCUUAGAUAGUGCUCAGAUUGACUGGGAUAUUGGUGCCAUUGAAGAGACUGAUGCUGCUGCUAAUGGGUUGGGUCCUUAUGAAAUUAUAAAUGCUAAUGAUAUUCUGCAAGAUUCUUCGGAAAAUGAGAAUGAAAAGUUUGGCCAGGCUGCAUCGACUGGUGGAGGGUCUGUUGAUGUCGAGGUUUCGGGAAUAUCUUGGGAUGUUAGUGUUGAUAAUCCUCAAUUGGAAUGGAAAGAAGAUUCUGGUAUAUGUAAUACAGAGGAAACUCAAACAUCUGCCCUAAAUAAUUCAGGUGAUGCUCAAGUCUCCGGUGACAGAAGUCCGCUUUUGGAUACGGAAUUCAGGAAUAAAAUUCUUGAUGAUCUCUUUGAGAUUAAGGCGUUUUUAAAUCAGCGGCGGAUUGAGCUUACCAAUGAAGAUACUUUGUCUUUGCAACAUCAAGUUCAGGCAGUUGCUCCAUUUGUGCUGCAGCAGUAUUCUUCCGAUAACAUUCAGAAAAUGAUAUAUGACGUUUCAUCAGCCAUAUCCUUGCUAACAAACAAAAAAUCAAGAGACUUGAUCAUGAUUCUGAAUUCAAAAAGAUUCUUAGACAGGCUAGUGCGUAACUUGGAGGAAAAAAAGCAUCAUGAAGUAAAGCUGAAAGACGGAUUGAGAGACUUGUCUGCAAAACGAAUGGAGCUGCAGAAUUCGAUGUCUUCAUCUUGGCCAAAGCAAGAAGUAGCAAUAAGCAAAACAAGGGAGCUGAAGAAACUAUGUGAAAUUACUCUUUCAACCAUGUUCAAUGGAAGACCUGUCAAGAUUAUUGGAGAAAUUAAUACCUUGUUAACUAGUGGUAUAUCUGCGUGAUCUUUUUAGCUUUCCUACCAGUGUUAGCGUGUAAUAGGAACUAGGCUGACUUGGCAUUCUUACACUAUGGUGUGCUACCAAAUGAGGAGGUUGAAUAUAGUUCAGAAAGCUCCUAAUAUUGUAUCACUCAGUUUUGAAAAUACUCUUGACAAUAAAAAAUAAAGCCUCAAAUGUGGAUCAAUUUAUCAA